AUGUGGAAUGAUUAUGAUACAUCAGACAAGGCAAGACGUCUAAGAAGCUGUAUAUUAAAUAUAGAAUUUAUUUUGUGUUUGAUAAUUUUAAACAAAGGAUUUGCUUUAGGUUUGGCCUUAUCAAAGUGUCUUCAAACAACAAGUAUUGACCUUAAAGAAGCCAUGUCCUUAGCAAAAAACACAAAACAAGCACUAGAAGAGAUCCGAGCAAAUGCUGAUACUUAUUUUAGAGAAAUGUUUGAACAAGUUAAAUUAAUGACUACACAAUUUGAUAUUGAAAUUAAGAUUCCGAGGACAGCUAAACGACAGACCAACAGACUAAAUUUGGCAAAGGAAACUCAAAAAUUUACCGGAACUGGAUAA